AUGCCACACAAAUCACACUCCAAACACAACGGCGAAACCAAAUCGUCCAAGAACUCCAACCACGUCAAUGGACACCACCCAAACUCCCCAUCCGACAUCGACUUCGACAUAACCGUCGCAAACUGCCCUCCCACGAAACGAGUCCCCGCCAUCCACGCCGACGAAUACAUCGACAAACCCGGAAUCGCAAGAGGAAACCUCGCAGCAUCAACAGAUAGCCCGCACGGAGAUGAAGGAUAUUCCAAGAAACACCGGAACUUCACCCCAUUACAACAACACGUCCUCUUCUGGGACCGCGACGCGGACGGUCAGAUCUACCCCUGGGACACAUACAUCGGUUUCCGCGAGUUGGGGUUUAAUAUCCUCUUCUCGUUUGUGGCUGUGUUGAUUAUCAAUAUCAAUUUUUCGUAUCCGACGAGACUUGCGCAUUCGUAUAUGCCGGAUCCGUGGUUUAGGGUUUAUGUGGAUAGUAUUCAUAAGGCUAAGCAUGGCUCCGACAGCAGUACAUACGACCCUGAAGGCCGUCUGGUACCGCAGAGUUUCGAGAAUAUGUUCAGUAAAUACAACAAGAACGGAGACGGGACGUUGACGUUCGGUGAAUUGUUCACUAUGAUUAAAGGCCAUCGGUGUGCUGCUGAUCCGUUUGGUUGGGGAGCUGCAUUCUUCGAAUGGGGAUCAACUUGGCUUCUCAUACAGAGAGAUGGGAAGAUAUAUAAGGAGGAUGUUCGUGCUGUUAUGGAUGGCUCGAUAUUCUGGAAGAUCCGCGAAGAACGACAGAAAACUGCACAAGGAUGGAAUAAAGGAUGGGGAAUUGGUGGAGAUGGAUUCGUGGGAUCGCAGAAAGUGCACAUUUAA